AUGGGCUUGCGACUGUCGUGCCUGUUACAGGCCCUGUGGACCGCCUCGGGCGACUUCUUUCAGAUCUUCCCGAUCGUGGACACCGCUCAGCACGCCGUCUAUGACGCGGAGUCGGUGCAGAUCGUGGGCACCGCAGAUGCAGAUGCUUUGGAGGCCUACUUGGACUCUUGGAAGGUCCUACGCCUCAAAGAGGCUCCGACACAGGCGCUCAUCAGCGUUGGUGUGGGCGAUUUCCGCAAUAGCAGCUUGGGCCCGUACCGCGAACUUGCAAUUGCUGUUCCUGCAUGUGAAAUGGAGGAGAUCCACCUCGAUUGCAACAGUUUCUUGCGAUGUCAAGAAAAGCUCCCGGCCUGCAGUCACACGUUCAUGCUGCAGAGCUUCACCAGCUCUGAGGCUGCGCUGCAGACGGCCCGCGCGGCUGGGAUCACCGCAGCGAAGAGUAGCAGUUUCGACUUCUCCAUUGAAAAGUCUGGGGAGUCCUAUCGCUUGGCCUUCAGCGUUUGGGGGCCGACCUCGGCCGAGGAGUUGACCGGGCAGGUGGAGAUCUUCCGCGACGAACGUGCGCGAGUGUGCGCCAUUCGCCGGCUCGAAGCGUCCUGCCACGGGGUACCUGCUGAGCUUCAGACAACAUUGCAGGUGGAAGAGGUCCAGGCCCCGUGGAGGCUGAGGAUCCUUCAGGCGCUGGGCAGGCUGCAGAGGGCCGAAGAACUGGUGAGAGAACUGCCCUCCUUUCAAGCUCUCACCUCGAGAGAGCGGAAGGUGGAGCCCGGGAAGGACCCACGCGGCUCACCCCAGGGUCUCUUGCUGCUGGCGCUGUUGCGCGCCGAAGCUGUUCGGGCAGAGCUGUCAGAGACGCUAAAGACCUUGAAGAUGAGAGGGCUGAUGGCCCAAUGGGAAGCCUUUGUCGAUCAGUAUGGCAACAACGGCUUGUACCAGGGCCACCACAGGAUUUGCACCUGA